UCGGUGCAGAAGAGUUAUUGCUGAUUCAUAGAACUUGAAGGAGAAAUCUGCUUUUUGUCUCAACGAAGCUUCAAACUUGGAAACAAAAUGGAAAAAAACAGCAUGGAAGAGUUUCAGCGCAGCACUGUUCCACGCAAGAACGUGAUCGAGUUCAGACCUCCAUUAUACAAACAAAGAUACUUCUUUGUUAAAGAUAUAGUCAAUCAAUAUAAACCAAAGAAGGUUGCAGACUUGGGGUGUGGUAACGCCACACUCUUAUGCAUGCUGAAAUUCCAUAGUUGUGUUCAAGAACUUGUUGGAGUAGAUCUCCUCAUGGAUCGUCUAUUAGAUUGGAACAGUGAUAAGUUGUCUCCGUCAAUAGGGGAUCAUUUAGGUCCUAGGGACCUAGAUUUGAGUAUUGUCUUGUAUCGUGGCUCUGCUGUAGAGAAAGACUCCCGCUUGCUUGGAUUUGACUUGAUAACAUGUAUUGAAUUAAUAGAACAUUUGGAUUCAGAAGAUCUGGCCAAGUUUCCCGAAGUUGUAUUUGGGUACUUUUGUCCAGGCAUGGUUGUUAUCAGCACACCAAACUCAGAUUUCAAUCCCCUGUUUCCAGCAUCGACCUUUAGAAAUUCAGAUCACAAGUUUGAGUGGAACCAAACGCAGUUUCAACACUGGGCUUCAAAUGUGGCAAAACUCUAUAGUUACACUGUAGAGUUUACUGGUGUGGGUGCUCCACCGCCAUGGGCUAAGCAUGUUGGAUACUGUACCCAGAUAGGGAUCUUCAAGAAAAAGCAACCGGAUCCUGGCAGCUGGAUCCUGGCAAAACCAACUGGAUCCCGCGUUUCAGAGCCAGAGGAACAUGCUUAUCAAGUUGUUUUUACAGCCUCAUUCCCGAGUUUACAGCAAAAACACUUCCUCCUGUUUGUAUUGUGUACGGAGGUGUUAAAAGAAGUCGAAGCCAUAAGACAGAAGUAUGUCUGGAUUAUGAAGAGAAAGGAAUCCAGUGAACCCGAGUCAGAAGAAGACACUGACAGUGGCUUGGUCAGACGGCCCGGAUUAUUCCUCACCGAUGCCCAAGUAGCCCAAAUAGAGAAGUCCCCCAAACCCUACUCUGUGAGAAAGAGGUUUUAUGUACCCCUGAAAAGACUUAUUGGUUAUCCGAAGGUGAACCGCUUGGUUGCUGAUGUGUCCACGCUGAGAACACUCCUUGCUGAAGGAAUUCCAAUGCGACUGAACAGAGCUCAUACUUCAGUGCAGAUCGACUUGGACCCUUACGAUUACCCUCACGAUUACUGUUAGUGAGCGGGAGCUAUCUUUAUGUCCUAAAAUUCAUGAUUUUAAGGAUAAUUAGGCUCAUUUAGAAAAUUACAGUCAUAACAUAGGUAGCUUAAUUUUGAUAUUAACCUCAUUACGUGUUUUUUAAAAUGCUUUUUUGGGUGGAUGGUGUAAGUUCACAGUGUGCGUGUUCAGGUUUUUUUGUUAGACCCAUGUUGAUGUGACAUUAAAAUUUUUAAAAAUAAA